AUGUUACCAACUGAACCCCCAGCCCCUCCAUUCCGCAGCGUCUCCGCCUGCAACAGAUGUCGACUCCGCAAACACCGCUGCGACCAACGCCUCCCUCGCUGCGAGUCAUGCGAAAAAGCCCAAGUCCGCUGCGUGGGCUACGACCCCCUCACAAAACAAGAAGUACCACGCAGCUACGUAGCCUUCCUCGAAAGCCGCGUCAACUAUCUCAACCAGGUCCUCACGGACCACGGCAUCGGAUUUAAGCCCGCUAUCGCCUAUGAUGAAGAAGAGGUGUUGAAGAUGGAAGCUAGACAGUCGCCGAGAUUUGAAUCUCGCGGAUUAAGAGAUGCAAGAAGAUUGCCCGAGAAGAUGCAAGCGCACACGCAAACGCAAACGCAAACGCAGACCGACAUGGGCGUGCAGACGACCCGUAAGAGGAAAUCGACUCCGUGUGUCGACGACGCCAUUCCUACCAGACAGGUUAAACGACUGGCGCAGUUAAAUGUCCUUCUUACGGAGUUGUUGACGGAUGGAUGUCAGCAUCGAGAAUGUUCCCGUGAUCCUGACCCUGACCCGGCGAGGGUGUAUAUGCGUGGUGCUCGUAGACAUGACGUGCAGGAGGAUUGUGUUGAGCAGAGAUUGCCGUGGUCGCCGCGGAGUGUUGAUUCGAUUGAUCAUAAUGAUAGCCGCAUGAAUAGAUCUGUGUCGCCGGUGUCAUUGCAUGAGACAUAUCAGUAUCCCGGGCCGACUCAUGGGCGUGGCUCUUCUAUGCUUAGUGCGGAAACGGCCUUGGGAUCAGAUCAGGGGCGUGAAGUACAUAACGCAAAGAGACGGCCUGGGAUCGAGUUUGAUUUGGGAGAUUUCGAGUCUGAGAUACCUAAUAUCAAGCUCUUGGCUGGGAGUGGUGAAGGGAGGAAGACAGAUGUUGGUCGACGUUUCAAUGUUUCGAGUCGUGCUGCGUCGCCGGAGGAGGAGGGUCGUUCUAGUUCUAGUCCCGAGCCCAAGUUUGAUAUUGGUGCCGAUCUGCUUCGCGGGCGGAGGGAGAGAGAAAGGGCUAAUUAUGAUUUGUUGGAUGAAUUCCUUGUUGACUGGGCUGAGUGA